AUGAAAGUUGCUUCUGCAUUUGUUAGUUUCAAGCUCAUGAUUCUUUGUUCCUUCAUCAUUGUCGUCUCCUCAAGCUAUAAUCCUGCAGCCAUUGCCAUGGCAACGCCGCCUCAUAGGUUGGUCACUAAACUCAUUCACCGUGACUCCGUUCGCUCUCCAUAUUACAACCCUAAUGCCACCACCUCUGACCAUGCAAGGGGAGCUAUAGAGAGCUCGAUGGCACGUUAUGGUUACUUAAAGGCAAGGAAAGAAAGCUAUUCUUUCACCACAGAUGAUGUCCGAGGUGAUCUUCUUCCCGAAGAUCAUGCCUCCGCAUUACUCGUGAAUCUCUCGAUCGGCGAGCCACCGGUUCCACAACUCGUGGCGAUGGACACCGGCAGCACCCUAUUAUGGGUUCAGUGCCAACCUUGCAGAAGUUGCUUCAACCAGUAUAGUCCCAUAUUCCGUCCUUCUAAGUCAUCCACAUACGCUUACCUACCGUGUGAAUCUUCUUAUUGUGAUGAUCCAAAUGUCGGAUAUUGCGGUCUUGGAGACGAUUGCGUUUAUGGAAAAGUAUAUGGUGAUGGAACCACGACAGAAGGACAACUUGGUACUGAAAAGCUCACGUUUGUGACGUCUGAUGAAGGCAUAAUUAGUGUGCCUAAUGUGGUUUUUGGUUGUGGACACGAGAAUAAGAACAGUGGCAUAGGCAAAAUGAGUGGAGUUCUAGGACUCGGACCUUAUUAUGUUUCUUUGCCUUAUCAGUUUGGUUCUAGGCUAUUUUCGUAUUGCAUUGGUAAUAUAGAUGAUCCUCACUAUAACUAUCACCAGUUAAUUAUUGGGGAGGGGGCGAAAAUCGAAGGCUAUUCAACGCCAGUGACAACGUAUAGAGGCUUUUACUAUGUAACCCUAGAAGGCAUAAGUCUGGGAGAGAAACGAGUUAACAUCGAUCCAACAACGUUCAAACGAGAUUCGUUAGGCAAAGGUGGUGUGAUCAUAGACUCAGGCUCGACGUGGACUUUCCUAGCGAAAGAUGGGUUCGAACCAUUGAGCAGAGAGGUGCAGGAGUUGAUAGGUGGAGUGUUGGAGCCAGUGGCACCUACUGAUCAAGAUGGUAGAGGUCACCUGUGCUACAAGGGGAUUUUGAGUCGAGACCUAAAAGGGUUCCCGGUGGUGACAUUUCACUUUGCUGGAGGAGCUGACUUAGGGUUAGACAUAACCAGCUUGUUUCAACAAGAUGGCCCUGAUGUAUUUUGCAUGGCAGUGCUUGGGUCUGAUGAUGAGGAUCGUGGGACGAGUGUAAUUGGGAUUAGGGCUCAGCAAUAUUACAACAUUGCAUAUGACUUGAAUUACAUGAAACUCUAUUUCCAAAGAAUUGAUUGUGAACUUCUUGAGGACUAAUUACAAGAAUUGGAAUCAUGGCCCCAGGUAUUACAAAUUUUCAUUUGAAAUAAGGCCGUUUCUGAUUCAUUAACUAUAAUUUUCUUUUUCUUUUUCUUUUUUCUAUCACUUUGCUCAAUUUCUAUUUGAGUAUUGAACUUGGUAACUUUUGCCAUCCCAAAAGAGAAGGCGUAUGAUUUAAGUUAUAACAAGGACUUGGGUACCUCUGAUAUUAUUUAGUCUCUUAAUUUCAUGUUUACUAGGAUAGCACAUGCAUAAGUCAAUAGGUAGCAAUUUUUUGUUUUUUGUUUUUUGUUUUUAAAUUUUUUUGUGGGUAAUUUAAUAGGCUGUGUGUUGCACGCGACUCAUAGAAAUAAAAAAAAUUAAGGUUCCAUUUUAAAACAUUUUUCGGAAAAUAUCUUGCACUUGUAGCUCAUCUUUUUCUUCCCUACAAAUAAUUUGAUUGAAUAUCUCACAAACAAACCUUCGUCUAACAAUUAUUAUUUUGUAGAAACCGCAGUCUACUUUGUAGAUUUUUAUGAUUGUAAAUAUUUUUAGUGAUACAGAUAAGAGCUUAAAUUUUUAUAUGAAAAUACUUUCAAAAAUCAAACAUAUGAAAACUUAUUCUUAGAAAUUAUUUUCAGUGAACCAAAAACUGAACAAUGAAAAAAAAAAAAAAAAAAAAAAAAAAAAUUACAUCAAAAAUAUUUUACAUCAAAAACAUUUUACGCCAAAAUCCAAUGUCAAAUAAUUAUGGAAAAUAUUUUUUG